GUCACGUGAGCAUCCACCAUGGCUUCCUGGAGCGGCUCUGGCAGAGGCGGGCGCGGGGCCUGAUCCGAGGACCCCCGAGGUAUCCCUCCCCCUAUUUCCCCGGCCUCGGGGCCGCUGAGCCUCCUACCUGCCCCCCAACCCCGCCCCGCCCCGCCCCGCCCCGCCUCCACCAUGCAGAAGAUCAAGUCGCUCAUGGCCCGCCAGGGCCUCAAGAGCCCUCAGGACAGCCUCGGUGACCUGAACCCCAUCGAGAACCUCCGGAUGCCCAACAAGGAGGAAUUGCGGGAGCUUAGGGAACAGCCCAUCGACCCCCAAGCACAACAAGAGAUCAUCAACAGCAUCGAGGAUGUGUACUUCUCAACUGACUCAUUUGAUAUCGUGAAGUAUGAGAUGGAGAAGCUCCCUCCUGUUCUCAAUUUGCAAGAAUUGGAGGCGUACAGAGACAAGCUGAAGCAGCAGCAGGCCGCUGUCUCUAAGAAAGUCGCUGAUCUGAUCCUUGAGAAACAGCCUGCUUAUGUCAAGGAGCUCGAGAGAGUGACCUCACUGCAGACAGGUCUUCAGUUGGCCACUGUCAUUUGCACGAAUGGAAGGAGGCACCUGAAUAUCGCCAAGGAGGGUUUCACGCAGGCCAGUCUGGGUCUCCUGGCCAACCAGAGGAAGCGCCAGCUGCUGGUUGGCCUGUUGAAGUCCUUGAGGACCAUAAAAACGCUGCAAAGAACAGACGUGCGCUUGAGUGAGAUGCUGGAGGAAGAAGAUUAUCCUGGAGCCAUCCAGCUUUGCCUCGAGUGUCAGCAGGCGGCCAGCACGUUCCGACAUUACAGCUGCAUCAGUGAGCUGGACUCCAAGCUGCAGGACACCCUGGAACAAAUUGAGGAGCAGCUGGACGUGGCGCUCUCCAAAAUCUGCAAGAACUUUGAUGUUGCCCACUACACCAAGGUGCAGCAGGCCUACAGGCUCCUGGGGAAGACGCAGACUGCGAUGGACCAGUUGCACAUGCACUUUACGCAGGCCAUCCACAACACCGUGUUCCAGGUGGUUCUGGGCUAUGUGGAACUGUGCGCAGGCAACACAGACACGAAGUUCCAGAAGCUUCAGUACAAGGACCUCUGCACGCACGUAACGACUGACAGCUACAUCCCGUGCCUGGCUGACCUCUGCAAAGCCCUGUGGGAAGUCAUGCUCAGCUAUUACAGGACCAUGGAGUGGCACGAAGCACACGACAGUGAGGACACGACCAGGGUGGCUGAAGGGAGCGGCACGGCGGGGUCUGAGGAGAGCAAUUUCGAUCGCAGCUACGUGAAGAAGAAGCUUGAACACGGGCUUUCAAGGAUAUGGCAGGAUGUCCAACUCAAAGUGAAAACCUAUUUGUUUGGGACUGACAUGUCAACCUUCAAGUAUGAUGACUUCAUCUUUGUCUUGGACAUAAUCAGCAGGCUGAUGCAAGUCGGUGAAGAGUUUUGCGGCAGCAAGUCCGAAGUUUUGCAGGAAUCCAUCCGAAAACAGAGCAUCAACUACUUCAAGAAUUACCACAGAACACGUCUCGAUGAGCUGCGGAUGUUCCUGGAGAAUGAGACGUGGGAACUGUGUCCUGUGAAGUCGAGUUUCAGCAUCUUGCAGCUUCAUGAAUUUAAGUUCAUGGAGCAGUCUCGGUCCCCGUCGGUGUCCCCAAGUAAGCAGCCAACCUCAGCGGCCACCUCAGCUGCCACCUUGUUCGAACAGUACUGCAGUGGCGGGAACCCCUUUGAAAUUCCUGCCAACAGCAAAGACGAGGAGACGGAAGACGUGCUGGCUUCCAAUGGGUAUGAGUCGGAUGAACCCGAGAAAAGCGCGUACCAGGACUACGACAGUGAUAGCGAUGUCCCUGAGGAGCUGAAGCGAGACUACGUGGAUGAGCAGACUGGGGACGUCCCUGUGAAGAGUGUUUCCCGAGAAACGCUACGGAGCCGAAAGAAAUCCGAUUACAGCCUCAACAAAGUCAACGCUCCCAUCCUGACCAACACCACGCUGAAUGUCAUCCGGCUCGUUGGGAAGUACAUGCAGAUGAUGAGCAUGCUGAAACCCAUCGCCUUCGACGUGGUCCACUUCCUGUCCCAGCUGUUUGACUACUACCUCUACGCCGUCUACACCUUCUUUGGCCGCAAUGACUCACUGGAGUCGACUGGUCUGGGCCUCAGCAGCAGCCGCCUACGUACAACGCUGAGCCGGAUCCAGGAGAGCCUGAUCGACCUGGAGGUUUCCACGGACCCCACGGGCGUCCUCACUGCUGGCGAGGAGAGGAAGGAGAAGGUGCCAAGCCCACACCUCAGUCACCUCGUGGUCCUGACGUCCGGGGACACGCUGUAUGGGUUGGCAGAGAGAGUCGUGGCCACAGAGUCCUUGGUCUUCCUGGCUGAACAGUUUGAGUUCCUUCAGCCCCACCUGGAUGCUGUGAUGCCGGCUGUCAAGAAACCCUUUUUGCAGCAGUUUUACUCUCAGACGGUGUCGACCGCCAGUGAGCUGCGCAAGCCCAUCUAUUGGAUCGUGGCGGGGAAGGCGAUCGACUACGAGCAGACGCUGCUGCUGAUGGCCAGCGUGAAGUGGGAUGUGAAGGAGAUCAUGUCGCAGCACAACGUCUACGUGGACACCUUGCUCAAGGAGUUCGAGCAGUUUAACCGGCGCCUGAGCGAGGUCUCCAGGAGGGUCCGGGUCCCCUUGCCUGUGUCCAACAUACUUUGGGAGCACUGCAUACGCCUGGCCAACAGGACUAUUGUGGAGGGCUACGCCAACGUGAAGAAGUGCAGCAAUGAGGGCCGGGCCUUGAUGCAGCUGGAUUUCCAGCAGUUCCUCAUGAAGCUGGAGAAGCUGACGGACAUCAGGCCCAUCCCCGACAAGGAGUUUGUGGAGACCUACAUCAAAGCCUAUUACCUGACAGAGAACGACAUGGAGCGCUGGAUCAAGGAACACCGGGAGUACUCCUCCAAACAGCUGACCAAUCUGGUGAACGUCUGCCUGGGUUCGCACAUCAACAAGAAAGCGCGGCAGAAACUCCUAGCUGCCAUAGACGACAUCGACCGGCCCAAGAGAUAGUGAGCCGGGCAGCCCAGACCUCCCUCUCACCUCCUCCUCCCCGUCCCUCCUCCUUCCCUCUCUCCCUUUCUCCCCCUCCUUCCUUUUCUCCCUCCUCCCUCCUUCCUUCUUCCCGAUCUCCGUCCUCCCCACCCGUCCCCGCCCUGCUCUGCACUGACCCCGGCAGGUACCAGGCAUCGCGCCUCCGGGUAAUGACCCUGUGCAGUCCUCUCUGGUCAGAAGGAGGGCCUGAGCUUGUACCGUCAGGCAGCUGGUGCCCUACAUAUGCCCUGGUCCCAUUGGUUGUGCUUCCCCGACAUGAUUUCAGCUCGUUGUAUUCUUGUGACACGGUUUAACUUGUCUGUUUUGUAGGAGAACAUGCGAUAGAACCAGAAGGCAGCUCUCUUCCCCUCCCCACAAGGGCCAGGGCUCUGGUGCUGCACGGGGCAGGCCCAGUAAUAAAUGUUGUACGCUGAUGCAU